AUGAAUGGCCCUCAGAAUGGCCUCAGCAGCCGACGCGAGGAGGCUAACAUAGCAGCUUCAAUAUCUCGACCGUUAACGCUGCAACAAGCUCUCCCAUACUCUCCGCAGACCUCGACAGUCCCUUUUAUCCCAUACAUCAUCCCUGACCCUUCGAUUGGCUCAGGCUCACCGGCUGAACCCGUCUCCAACUUGUUCCCUCGACAUGAGUUUGACAAUCUGAAUAACGAGGCAACCACUGGGCAAGAACAAGCACCGAGGAAUAUAAAGCAAGCCGUCGACUUUGUGCUGCACGAUAUGAAGCCCGCACAGCGCACCCAAUACAACUUUCGGUCUGUCCCGCGCGGCCGAACGAGAUCUACGUCGAAAAAUUCCUCUACAAAUGGCCUGACGCCUGUAACGCAGGCUGUGCAUGACCGAGUCGAGACGUACUUUAAAGCCAGCAAAAUCAACGCCAAGCCCGACAAAGCUGUCAACGGUUCCGCGUCGCACACCCGCAAGCCGUCGAAAGAUGUGGACAAGGUCCCUGAACAGACUCCUGAAAAGACUCACAAGAAUAACGCCGAGAAGAAGACACCAAAAGCAGCGAAAAAUGCCAUCGCGAGCAACGCCGAAGCAGUUCAGUCCAACGCUGCCGCCAAAGUCGAAAUCCCCAUCACAGCUUCGAAGAAUUUUGACCCGUCUGCCUACGAAGAUGGCGACGUUUUCAUGCAAGCCGCAGACGCGAGUUCAGUGCCUGCGAGGAAUACAACACCGCCGCCUCUAGCGGAGGCCAAUGAAAUAAUCGUUGCUGCAUCAGAGCCGGCUGGAGGUUUGCGCAUCGAGUUUCCUGCAGUAAGUGGAAGAGAUGAGUACGCAGAUGUGACAGUCGCUCCUGAUGCGCCGAGCAAUCUCUCAGCGCGUAGGUAUGGCAAUGGACAAGAGGGAUCAGACCUCAUCGGCUCCGGUCUUGACCAGCGCCAGCGCGGAGAAGCCGCACUCGACGCUCUGGACUCCCAGCUUCGUACCAUUUUUUCGGCUGUUGGAUAUGCAUUCGCCAUGGAGCCAGGCUACGAUCAUAUCGUGAGGUUGAUGCCAGAUCAAGAAGUUGCCAUGACAGCUGUGACGCACCAAAAAUUGCACGGCGCACUACAAAAGGCUAUUGACUUGCGAACAUUCGACAAAGUCGCUGUGGAAAACCUCCUUCAAGUAAUCAAACUCAGUGAAACCAGCCUCAAAAACAUGGAAAUACUCGACAUUCACGUUGACGAAAACUGGGACGAGGCGGCUACAGAUGCUUGGGUUGCACAGCUUGCAGAAGUUGAAACAGCCAUGAAGGCUGCAAGAACCUGUCUUCGGAUCUUGUCCGGUGGCCGAGAGGAUAAGCAACUAUAUGCGGAAGCCAUGAUCCUUAGAUGCGUCAACCUCUGCAAGUCUGUCACCGAGGACAUUGUUAUGCCGCUCGUUGAACUUGGAAGUAGCGGCACCGGCGCAGCCACUUUCAAGCUUCUGUUCAAGCACAAGAAGACGCUUUCAACAAUAUUUGUCACCUGCCAAAAGCUGUUCGCAUCAAUUGCAGAGCUAAUUGCCAAAAUUGAGCUUUCCGAGACCGCAAUCAAUACUCUGGAGUACACUGCAUCGAAACUCAUCUUUGUCGAGAAUGCGCAUGUCGAGCGUGACUCUGUUGUUGGAGUACAGAAGUUUGACGGCAUCCGUUCAGUGGCCAUGGACAUUCUCUGCCAAGUUUUUGUCAACAAGCCUGAGCAACGGCAGGGUAUCAUUGACGACAUCCUCACAUCGCUAGAGAAGCUUCCCGUCGGCAAACAGAGCUCCAAACAGUUUAAACUAGCUGAUGGAGGUAGCAUACAGCCUGUGUCUGCACUGAUUAUGCGACUAGUCCAGUCAAGCUCCGGGAAAGUUGACCAAAGUGGCGAGGGUCGCCGAGCGGCACUGCUGAACGACUUGAAUGGAGAUGCAGAGGGUGAAGCUGCCAGCACAGAAACAGCAUCCAGGCAUGGGCAGGCGGUAUCGUCGCUGACCAGCGAUGAUCAUGCUUCACAGCAGCAUGCAAUUGCCAUCCAAGAGCUGGACACGAUAUCAAGUCCCCUGUACGACAAUGCUACGCGAAACGCCUCGUACGUGAUCAACUUCAUCGUGAAGAGAGCUAUUGGCUCCACGAAAUCAGGAGACACACCGUAUCGCAACCUGCUGGACCUAUUUGUGGAAGACUUUACCGUAUGCCUUGACUCACCCGAUUGGCCGUGCGCCGAGCUUCUUCUACGCCUCCUCAUGUUGCGUAUGGUGCAGCUAUUUGAAGGACAAAAGACGGCUGUUCCUGCCAAAAAUAUGGCACUGGAACUGCUAGGCUCUAUGAGUGCGGCCAUCUCGCGUCUGCGCUCCCACGUCAAAGGCACUGCUACCAAUUUCGAAGGUGCCGACGCAGAUGAAAUGUCACGCUACCUCGCUGAUCUUGCCAUCCAUAUUUUGGAGCAGAAGAGCCAACCAGAAUACUUGGUUACUUGGGCAGGGCCGUUCCGUGCCGUUCUUGAGUAUUUACAAAGUCGCAGCACAGAGGAUCAGCACUUGGCCAGUGCCGUUGCCUUUGUCAUUACAGACUGGGCCAACAGGACUCACAUCGCAUACGAUUCCAUCAAAGAUGAGGAGUUUGAGCGAGACAGUGAGUUCGGUCGCCUCGCUUACCGACUUCGAAAGAUGGUUGACGACCGCAAGUGGCUUGCUAGCGAGUAUACGUUCAAAGCAAUUAGCGCCAACCAGGCGAAGCUUGCCUUCACCAUAAUAUUAUUACGGUCGCCGCUCUUCGAGUCUUUUGGCAAGAUUCUCAACAUCCUGCUGGGUUCUAUGGCAAGCGAUCAAGCGACGGUUCGAAGCAAGAGUCUCAAGAGUGUCAACCAAGUUCUCGAAACGGACCCUUCUAUCCUGGACGGAGACUCCAGCGUUAUUCAAUUGAUCCUGGAGUGCUCGAGUGAUUCUUCGACUCAAGUCAGAGACUCUGCUCUAGGGCUGCUUGGUAGCUGCAUUACGAUGCGUCCAGCUCUCGAACCGUCAUUGACACCAAAAAUCAUCGACCGGUUCCAGGACGCUGGCGUAGGUGUACGGAAGCGUGCCAUGAAGCUGGCACGAGACAUUUACUUGCGCAACCGAAACAAGGGCAUACGUUGCGCUAUUGCAAACGGCCUGCUUCGGCGUGUGCAAGAUCCGGAUGAAGGUGUGCGAGACCUGGCUCGCCAAAUGAUCGAAGAGGUGUGGUUUGCCCCCUUCUACUCGAGCGAUGGAACGGCUGCCUAUCAGACCGCAAUUACGGAGCACGUGGCUCUCAUCAUUCAGACGGUCAAAACAGGAACCGCCACUGAAGUCCUGGACAAAGUCUUUCAGACUAUUCUCCGGCCUAACAACAAGUCAUUGGAAGGCCCAUUUUCAGUCUGCUCGAAAUUGACUAGCGACAUGUUUGGGCUCCUUGACAACCCGGACUCGGAAGAAUCAUCAGGGCCGUCAGGCAGAGACGCGCUUCAGGUUCUUACCAUUUUCGCAAACGCGGACCCGAAGCUCUUCAACUUUGAACAGAUCCGUCUCUUGAAGCCUCAGCUUGCGAGCUUUUCUGGGCAAGAAGAGCUGGCUGCGUUCCGUGCAGUUACAGUUAUCUAUAAGAGGGUACUUCCACAGCUUUCUACUGUGCACUCACAAUUUCUGGGAGAGGUGCGCAAGCAACUUCUUCAAGGCGUUGGAAAAAUCUCAUCCAGAGGCGCUCUAGACGACCUGAUUGCCUGCGCCAAGGUCGUGUGCGAUUUACUCAACGAUUUCAGCCCAAUGGCCAACUUGGUUGCCUCCAGCUUGGUUGGCAUCCAGAGGAUUGCAUCUGCACCCCUUGACCCAAAACGCCUCAAUAUCCUGUGCGCCUACGCCAUUAUCGUUGGCAACGUGGCAAAACACUGUGAUUUGGAUCAGCAGAUCGAGAUCUUCAGGGCAAAAUUUCAAAAGUGGCAGGGUGACUCAGUACCGCGCUUGAUCGUGGAUAUCGUAUCGCCGUUCACCAAUCCGAAGCAGCCCCUUGAAGCCAGGAAAGCCGCACUUGAGGCAAUUGGAUUAGUUUGCCAGUCAUGGCCACGAAACUAUGUACUUGCCAAGGUCUACACGGCAUUCCAGCAAGUGUUCCAGGACCAGAUACCCAUGUUGGAGACCAUGAUUCUCAAGUCCUUCAAAGAGUUCCUUCUGGGAGAAGAGCGGCGAUCGGAGGCUUCUACUCAAGCUGCCGCGGCUGGUGGUAAACGAGAACUCACGAUCAUGGGCGGCACCACUUUUGACGACGUUGCCAGUGCUACAACGCAAAGGUUUUUGAAGGACUUCACGCGCAUAGCACUUUCCAGUCAGGACGAAUACGCAUUCCUGGCUAUGGAGGUUUUGGGUAGCAUCAAUCGCCAGGGCUUGACGCAUCCAAAAGAAACCGGCGUUACUCUGAUCACGCUGGAGACAUCUGCUAACAAGAAGAUUGCCGAACUAGCGUUCAUGGAGCACCGAGCGCUGCAUGAGAAGCAUGAGACGGUGCUGGAGCGAGAAUAUGUCAAGGCAGUGCAAUCGGCCUUCAACUAUCAGCGCGAUGUUGUCAAAGACCCCCAUGGCGCUACGACAGAACCCUUCCAAGCCAAGCUACACUUGCUGAUGGAGGUGCUCAAAAUCAGCAAGAUGAAGAACAAGCAAAGAUUCUUGGAGAAGCUCUGCUAUCAGGUCGAUUUUGAUCUCAACAAGCUCAAUGCGAAGAGUGGUGUCCCGCAGCAGGUUGGCUUUGGUCGGUUUGUCGUGGAAAACCUGACUUAUUUCGACUACCAGACCAUGGGCGAGGUGCAUACGGCGGUGAAUACCAUGGAGAAGAUUGUGACCACAACAGGAGCCACUGUCGCACAAGCAAUUGAAUCAGAAAUCUUCAACAUGCGUAUGGACCUGGACGUACCGAAUGCGACUGAAGAUGCAUCAGGUGACGCCGAAGGAGAGCCAGCCGACAUUGCAGAAGCACCAGUGGUGGGUGCGGAUGUCGAUCCAGCGCGAUUCCGGCAGCUAGCCUCAGCGUCGGUGAUACUGCUCAUGCUCUGGGAGGCCCGCACGCAUUUACGAAAGCUCUACAACAUGGGGACCAGCCGUCACGAUAGUAAAGCAAAGCUUCUGGCAAAGGAUCUCAACAAGACGCCGACCAAAGUGCAGGGCGUACACGGAGACAAGGUCUGGGAAGAGUUGGAGGCACAUGGAACAGGCUUCGAUACGCUGCAAGGCAUGGGUGCAAAGUGCAAGGCCCUAAUUGAGCUGAUGAAUGUCGAUAAGGAGUUCAAGGUUGCAGAAGACGAGCAGGACGCGGAGCUGGAUGCAGCGAGCACGCCGAGUGAAGGCGAGGAUGACGGCGAAGGCGGCGAGAGAGGGCGCAAGAGGAAGGGAGGAUCUACACCUAGCGGGCGAAAGAAGCGUCCUCGAUCAAACUCUCAGCCGCGAAAACGAGGACGGCCGCGCCUAUCAAGCAUGGAGCCAGACGAUGAGGCAGUCGAUGCAUCAUGGCUUUAG